GUGUCACAGGGACUCGCUGGAAGAUCUGAAUUGUAUUCCUAUCCCUUUACUCGCUGAUAUAUUCUCCGAAUCGGAGACACUUUGAGUUCCACCAGCCCAAUUGUUCACUAUUCUCAUCUACAUAAUAAACAAUCAGUGAAAUAAUUCGGAGCAGUGAUGGCAUUCGCCUCGCGCCGCAUCUGUGCGAGGAAAUUCACAGCAGUAAUUUCACGUCAGAUGAUUCAGCAAUCACGUCAACUUCUUUUAUCGAGAACAAAAGGAGAUAUUCACUCUACAGACGAGUUAUUGUUGUCAGCAAGAUCCAGAGAUGUUCGAUGGAUUCGGAAUUUCGGGGGGAGCUUCCAGUGGCGCGUGAAGAAAAUUACGAUUGACGAUUGUGGGGGCGAGUGCGUGCAGAGUCGGAGCACUGACGUUUCCCUUUGUAAAUAAUAAGUGGUUAAAUCGGUCAGUGGGUCCACGAGUGUUCUAAUUAAUUCAGUGGUCGAAUUUAGUAUAAAAUAGUUGAAUAAAGCGGCGAGGAUGGGGGAGAUAGAGUGGCCUUGGCAGUACAGUUUUCCUCCGUUUUUUACUCUUCAACCACAUUCCGAGACCAAGGAGAAGCAGCUGUCGGCGUGGACGAGCCUCGUGUUGGAGUUUUACAAGGCGACGAAGCAGUCGGUCUUGGAUGUUCGAGAGAUUCAUGCCACUCCGCUUUUUAAUAAUGCUGGGAUUAAAAGGAAACUCUCUGCCGACGCUGUCCAAUUAAUCCUGGAUAACUUAUCAAAAUCCGGAAAUGCGAGUCCCCUAGACAAAUCAAAGCAGCGCUGGCUGGUCUACUGGCACACGCUGGAUGAAUGGGGGGAGAUAAUCUACAACUGGGCGCAGGAGAACGGAUUCGUUGGAUCUGUCUGUACCCUCUUCGAACUGACCCAAGGCGAUAACACAGUGGAUCAAGAAUUCUAUGGAUUAGACACAGAAGUUGUGACUAGGGCACUCAAGACCUUGGAGUCUCAAGGUAAAGCUGAACUCAUAUUCUUCGAUGAUAAUCAGGGAGUGAAAUUUUUCUAAUUGAAUUAUUGAAUUUAAUCGGUUAACUGAACCAACGGUUCAACUGUUGAAUGAAUAUAUCUUACGGAAUACUUACGGAAUCAAGUGUAUUCAUAAUGAAAUAACUCAUAUUUUUGCCAGCACGUUGUCCCUAACUCAGAUAUAUUAUUAAUUAUUUUAAUAUUUUAAUACGAUAUUGUCUGAAAUAACA